GCGCUUAGUCACACAGCUGUCAUAUGGUAGCGAUAGCAAGAGAAGCAUCCGGUUUUGACUUUCGAAAUUAAACACUACUUUACCAAUCCCAUCAAACACUCUGUAAAUCACACCACACUUAAUGUUGUACUCACUUUGUUUUGUUAAUUUAGCGUGUAGCAAUGGCAAAGCAGAUGCACAUACGCGUUCCAAUACGUUUUGUUUCGAAUAAAUAAAUAAAUAUGUAGUCGUAUUUUGAAAGUAGGUGUUCGUUUCUGGAAUUGCUUCGGCAAGCUAACAUGAAGCUAACGUCUACUCAACUCGCACAGAUGAGAACCUUUAAUGCAACCAUCCACUUCAGAAAAUGUUCUUGAGUAUUUCCCUCGAACGCGUUUACCAAACACUGCUCUAAGUAAACAGUGGAGACACAUGUGGACGCUCGUGUGAGGCUGUGCAAGUGGGUGGAGCUGCUGGUGAUGCUUGCCCCCAGGUGACCAUUCAUCAUGAAGCCUGUCAACUAUCAGAGCUUUCCAUCCAUGGUGCACACCGUACAACCACACAGUGCCUUGGUAUGCACGCCAAAAUCUUCCGACGCGAUGUAUUGCAGCAAGUGUGGAUUUGCCACGUCGGACAUGGACUUGUUGAAGAAGCAUAUGCUUGACCACAUGGGGUCCAAACUGUGCUGUUUUUACUGCCAAAAGGCCGUAUACAGCAAGGCGGAGCUAAACGCUCACCUGGAAGAACACCUCAGGUCGACUUUCUCAUGCCCUCACUGUGGACAGGGCUACAUACGGAGGAUUGGCCUUUUGAAGCACAUUGAGCGCGUGCAUAAUAAAAACAUUAGUCAAGGACCUAAAAAGGUUGGCGUAAGCAAAGAUCCCCAGGUCUGUAAUGCCUUACCAAGUGUGCAAUGUGCUGAGCCCUCAAUGCGGCCACAGGUUCAAGUGAAUGUGCCAUCCCUCAACAUGCCCGCCGUCAGUCUUGUUAAAGACGGGCAGAAAGCUAGAACAAUGAGCACAAUGCUUCCAAUUGCUUCAAAUGGUGUUCAAGAUGGUAUUUUUAAUCACAACAGGGCUUUAACAGUAUCGCUCCCAGAAGAAGUAAGUAUACCUGCUGGCUGCCUCGUUGAACUUGUGGAAGUGAAAACUGUCAAUGGGUCCAAGGAGCUAAAGCUGAGGCUGGUGUCACAACAAGAAAACGAGGCCGGAAUGAAAGAUACAAGAACAACAGUACAACAAAAUGUCACAGCGGGCAAGACUUUGGCGUCCAAAUUAAAUCCCCAAAAUGCAGUAAAGUUGACAAAUAUGGGAAUGUGCGUGGUGAACAGAAAGCAGUUGGAAACAAAGAUGGCGGAUCAGCAAUGCCCUGCUGUUAAAACAGUCAGCACGUCCAAAAUCCUUGUCUCAAAUCAAAUGAGCAAAGAGAAAGCAACACUGAAGAGGAUGUCACAGGAAGUCAUUAACUUAGACAGUCCGACCAAGGUUUCCAAAACGGUCUGCAAUCCCGUGAGAGAGAGGAAUGAAAUUCCACCGAGGCGAAUUGAUCCUGUCCACGGAUGUGCGAAAGCAGCCACUGUUCCCUCCACCGGUGAGACCAGCAUGUUGACCUGCCUCCUGCAGCCGGUAAUAACGGGAUCACGUCGAUAUCAGCAAACAGCAACAGAUGAAAGACUGAAAAGUAUUCCAGAACAUUGCAAGCGUAUUCCCCUUGCAAAUGCAGUCAGGACAGAAAGUUCUCUCCAAGACACGCUGGCUGCUGUUAAACGUGAAGCCGGUGCGCUUUGCUUCAAUGAUAACAUUGGCUCCAAAGUGAAAGACUCUCCAAAAGUCAGGAACACUCCAGCAGGUGUCAACCAGCAAAGUCACAAACCCAAUUCCUUGAAGGUUCCUUCAGGUGCACCUGUCAGAGUGUUACCUUCAACAGUUCAUCUUUGCAAGGAAAGAGAUACUCCUCGUUCGUCUUUCCCAGGUCCUGCAACUGUGCAGAGGACAGUCAACGUGUCCACAUCAGUCAAAAUGCCCGUGGUGUCAUCCAGCUCCAAGUCAAACAUUCCAGCUUGGCCUCAGGGUUUGCCCAGUAAGCAGGCGUCUGAGAGAGACACACCAAAGCCUGAGGGCUUUCCAGUCAUCUCCUCUGUUUUUUCCCUGAGCGAACAGCCAGGAGUCGCUCAGGGUGCCAUGCAGCCGCUGGUUAUGGCACUGCGGGGCAUCGUGAUGGACAAAAGCAACACCACUGAGAAGUUGACAUUAAAUGUCGAUUGCAAAGAUCGGUUGCAGAUAAACCGGACGUGUAGUUCUGUGAAAUUAGAAGGUAAUACAAAAGUUAUUCACCAACAGCUGCCUAUCCCAGUGCUGAAUGACUUAAAGGAUGAUGUCAAGGUGGAGAAAACCAGCUCGACGCAGACGGACAACUGCAGCCACGCUCUGGACUUGAAAUCGAAAGAUGUCAAGACUGUUUCUAAAAAUGCGUCUGAUGCGGCCAUUUCUGCUGGUACAAAUCAGCAGUAUGACAUCUCCAAAUUCUUGACAGUUCCGUUGAUGAGAGUGGACGAACGUGGCAUGUGGAUGAACAGCAGGAAGGUACCUGAACCCCUAGCAACUCAAUGUGACUCGCCGAUACCCGCGCGAGAGCCAAGAAAGGGCACCACCAUUCGCCUGAUGCCACUCAAGGCGGAACAGCUGGUGACGUGGCCGGGCCCGGACCAGCCCGUGGUCGUGCUCAAUCACCCGAAGCCACGGUUCCCAGUCAGUGAGACGGUUGACACUGUUGCUGAUGCCGCAAGCCCAGAAAAGGCCCCCAAGUGUCAAAUAUUAAAAAUGAGGCUGGGCAAAGUGAUGGGGCAGAAAUAUGAGGUUACAGGCUGCACUGUCAAGUUUUCCCAAUGAGCUGUUCACAGUAUCUACAGUGGAUAUAAAAGUCUACACACCCCUGUUCAAAUGCCAGUUUUUGUGAUAUAAAAUAUUACACUAAGAUCAAUCCUUCCAAAACCUUUCCCACGAUAAAUGUGACCUAUGGCCUGUACAAUGCAAUUGGACAAAACAUCUUUUGGAGGGGAAGUAAAACUAAACAAAUGAGAUAAUGCAGUUGCACAAGUGUGCACACCCCCUGAGAACUGGGAGGAGGCUAUGUUCAGAAUUAACCAGUCACAUUCAAACUCAUGUUAAAUAGAAGUGCCAUUUAAAAUGUCUCCGAUUAACGCUACGUAAAGUUCAGAUGUUCUUAAAGUCUUUUUCAAAAUGUUUUACUUCCCCCAUGCUAACAGCUUUCAAAUAUUUUUUUUCAAUUGAGAUGUACAUGUUAUAGGUCACAUUAAUGGUAGGAAAAGUUAUAAAAUUUAUUUUGGUCUCUUUUUUUUUUUUUCCAUAAACAAGCGCCUGGCAUUUGAACAGGGGGGUUUAGGCUUUUAAUAUCCACUGCAUACAUGGAAACUGUACAUAUGUGGAAACUAUUACAAUGAAGAUUUUUGGAAAUAUAUAUCUAAGCUGAUGACAAAAACAAUGUUUGCUUUUCUACUGCAAAAUGAUUAUUAUUAUUUUUGUAUUUUUAUUUUUUAUUUUUUUUGCCCCAGCCUGCCUAACUGUCUCUGUUUGGAAAGCACACACAAGGCAGAGCAUGUAACUGACAGGAAAACGUAUCACGAAUUACGAGUACAUAUAGAGGGUUCUAGUAAGGUUACUCCAAGUCUUCAGUAGCUGCAAAUAUUUCAUAAUUAUACAGUUUGUCCAGAGUGAGUGAAGGAUAUGUAACAGUGGGAAAAGUAAUACAUUGUGACACACCCAUGUGUCAAAUUUAUUACAUAGUAAUAAUGUUUUAUUUUGCAGUUUUACUUUUCUCAAUUGAGUUUGCGUUUGGAGACGUACAGUGCUUUGUUAAAUUGCACAUCAACAAAGAUGAAUUUCUGAACUUUUUUUUUUUUUUUUUUUUUUUUAAAUCCGCAGUGAGAUUAGAAGUGUUGACCCUCAGAACCCUCCAAGACAAGUCCUCUGCCACUAGUAAAUAACAAAUGAAAGUUAAUGUCAGUAGAUCAGGGUCUAGUAACCCUGUUUGAGAGAGACGGCAGCAGCAUGUCAUGCGCUGUCCUGACUAUUCCAACACCUACUACGAACGGUUUUAAACAAAUGUCAUUGCAGAGGUUUUUUUUUUUUUUUUUUUAAUACAACUGGCCCGCUUGAUAAUUUUUGUACAUUUAAUGCCAAAAUCAAGAGAAAAUAAUCCUGUCAUUCAGCACAGGUGUCAGUUUUGAGCCAUAUGAUGAACAACAAUAAUGAAGGAUUCCAGGAAUUUAAUUGUCAUAGCAACACAUAUGGCAGGAAAUUCGAUACCCAAGAUUCCAGAUAACCCAAUUUGUCCCAAGACUUGUAAAAAUAAAAAUAGAAUAAGAAAAUAAGAUGUAAAUAAAAUAUGACAACAAGGGUAAAGAGAAAUGCUUAUCCCUAGAAAUGCUUAUCCCAACUUGUGAGUGUGUGCAGAUACAAAUGCAACAAGCUUGAGGCUUGGAUUGCACAUGAUAUUUCCAUGGUCAUUUUUGUAUUUGAUAGUAUUCAUCAUGCAGGAAUGAAUAGGGAUAGGUGUGUGGGGGCCUCCGAUGUCGAGGUUUACACAGCUCUGUUUAGGUUUUACAGUCCAACAGCUUCCAGAAAGAAGCUGUUUCCCAGCCUGUUGGUCCUGCACUGAAUGCUCUGUAGCCUUCUGCCUGAGGGGGGAGGAUGGAAGAGAUGGUGUGCGGGGUGGUUUGGGCCUUUAUGAUGCAGAGAUGUUGCGGGCACAAACAAAUCAGCAGGCCAGUCUCCCACCUGCCCACUUUUAGUGAUUUUAAGAGUAUGCCUGUGAAUAUUCUUAUUCAUCCAGGCUCUACCUCAAACAAAUAAUACAAAAACAUGGCCUCCUUGGGCCGGAGACAGCUUCACUACCAUUUUACAAUGGGGGAGUUUCCACCUCAUGACACUUGUUGACGGACAAUGCCCUCUCUGCCAGGCGUCCUAACGACUGUCGUUUUGCAUUCCAAAAGAAUGAUACCAUCCGUGGUUUGUGGCGUACCUCCACUUGGAGCGUAAUUAGUUGAGUUUUUCUACACCAACUUGGGCUAUCCCACCAUCCACCCAUUUUCCGUACAGCUUAUCCUGACAAGGGUCGUGGGCGUGUUGGAGCCUAUCCCAGCUAUUUUAGGGUGAGAGGCGGGGUACACCCUGAACCAGCCACUCACAGCCAACUCAGGCUUGUCUGUCCUAACUAAGCCUUGUUGCAUGAACUGAUGAAGUCUGCUCGAAUGAGAGGCGAAACGUCUUCGAAGAGAACCAGAACAGUCCAUUUGCGAUCUAGUCAAUGACCUGAGGAUUUAAGAGUAAGAUUUAAAUGUUAUUACCUGUAGCAUGAGUAACAGAACAAACUGUUCAUCCUAUUUAUCAUGCUGUUUUUGGGAUUUGUUUUUCUUCAGACCAAUUUGGAAGGUGGCCCUAAUGUCUCCAUACCUCAUACUCAUCAAUGUGCGUCAGUUACUUGUCGAGGUCAUUUAAGACUCAUCUUCACACAUGACACAGUGUUUGUGAAUAGUUUGUAAAUACUAAAAACAUGGCUACUAUUUUGAUGAUAAUAGUUUUAAAGCUAAUACCUGGAUCCACCACCAGUGUUGUCUUUAUGGCGAAAGCUGCUUCAAGUUACAGUUCUAGACGCAGAAUGGUACCAAUAGAUGUUGAAAGAGGAGAAUGUUGAGAAUACUGUUCUGUAUGGCCGUUAUUUAUAUUUGAUCCUUAAUGUCUUUUAAAUGUAAUGCCACUUUUGAUUUUGCUGGCCAAGAAUUGUCCCUGCGUAAAAAUCAUGUCAUAUGUUGCGGUUGAUAUACUUUUGUGUUUGUGUACAGUAUGUGUAUUUAUAUAUACUGUACAUUUUGAUAUCCUUAAGGUUUUGUUUAUAUUUACGUAAGUACUUACUGGCCACAGUAUUAGGUACACCUUCCAAUACGAGACAGAAUCUGUACCAGUAUUUAGAUUUACAUCAAUAGAGUUGAUCCUUGGGCAAUGAGCCACCCUCUACAAAGUUCAUUGGAAAAAAAAUGAUCAUUAUGCUAAGUUUUGAAUGACAAUGUCAGAGGUGUUCAUUUAACAAUAGUGGUUGUAGUUUGCAGGUGUACCUAAUAAAAUGUCCAGUGAGUGUAAAAAACAAAAAAAAAGACUUCAAACUGUGCUGUGUCCUAGCAGCAGAAAUGUUCUUACAUAUUCUAACAUUGCAGUGACAAACCUGCCAUGACUGAAAAAAAACAAAAACAAAACAUGUUACCAGUCUUUAAAACAAAUGUUUUGCUUUUAUUUUUUUUAUUUUUUAUUUUUAUUUUCUUGUCACUCAGUGUUCCUGACUGUGGUCAUGUUUUUAUACUGUUACUGUCUUUUUCUAUUAAAACGGUGAUGAUCACAAGCAGA